CGAUCUUAAUUAGUUGCCGCAUUGCGAUUUUUCAUUUCAAAGCGUUAGGUUUAAGUUCUCCAGAAUGAACGCAGUUGGCAUUUUUCUAAUAUGUCUGGCAUGUUCCUUUGGAGCGAGUAUUCCAUUUCCAAAUCCGUGCCAAAUGGAAACUGAUUGCGGUGAGGUGGAUGAGACAAGUGCCAUUUGCGGAUUAGAUGAGGAAAGGGGUUGUAUUCGAAAAUUUCCAUCCAAGUGCCAUUUGGAAAAGGCAUUUUGCGUUGAAGGAAGAAAUUUCACUGACUUUAGUGAGGAAUACUGCUCAAUGGAAUCGUAUCUCUGUGAGAUUUCACUAACAUACGAACGCUGGUCCAUUUUCUUUGGACAUGAAUUUUCGUCAUAAAUUCAAGUGCGAAAUACGUAUUCUAUUUUAUUUUCUCUGAAAUUAGUUGCACAUGAUCGAAAUGUAUGGGUUUAAUUUCAACAACGUGCAAAUACAUAUAAAUUAGAGACAUUGUAGGUAUACAAAUAUUAGUAUACAUUCUGCAAGCCAAACGACUAAAGUGUCCGCCCAGCGAACUUUGGACUCUAUUCUCUGGCGACGAGAAAGACGGAGUGACGACUUGUCUGAUCGCCGGCGACAAAUGUGUAAGUUCAUUAGGUAGCAUUUUAAUAAACAAUCAAUCAACACGCAACGGGCCAUUCACGUGCCGGGUGUCGUUGACUACGUCAAAGACCGGUAGGAGCUAAGCGAUGCCCAGCAGCGUAUUUUCACAGCCAGUGAGACAGAACGACGCCUCGAGCCUUUUAUACGAAUAAAGAUUCGGAUAUUUCGGA